UCUCUUUCCCCAUCUCUUCAUUUUAAAACAAUCCUGGUUUUCCCUUCAGAGAAAGUUUUCUUGGCUGCUAUGCAAGAGCCACUGGGCAUAGAGCCACAGCGGAGGGGCUUAGCUACGAGCAGAGCGCUGAGAGGGGGUCUGGAUCCUGCAGCAGAGCAUUAGAGCUACAAGCAGAGCACUGAGAGGGGAUCUGGAUCCUGCAGCAGAGCAUUAGAGCUACGAGCAGAGCAGUAAGAGCGUGCCUGGAUCCUGCAGCAGAGCAUUAGAGCUACCAGCAGAGCACUGAGAGGUGGUCUGGUUCCUGAAGGAGAGCAUUAGAUCUAUGAGCAGAACACUGAGAGGGGGUCUUGAUCCUGCAGCAGAGCAUUAGAUCUAUGAGAAGAGCACUGAGAGGGGGUCCUGAUCCUGCAGCAGAGCAUUAGAUCUAUGAGCAGAGCACUGAGAGGGGGUCUUGAUCCUGCAGAAGAGGAUUAGAGCUGCAGAGCGCUGAUGGGGAGACAUUUGAAGAUCUGGAAGGAGGUUUCUGUCACCAUCACUCCCCCUGGACACUGUGCCUCAGUGUAACCCAACACUAUGCUUCCCUACUAUGGCUGCUGGAGUCCAGCACUUUGCCUGUGGUUACUGACCCUUGCAACCCGUGCCAACUCGGAUGUAACACCUUAUUUUAUUGAAGAACCCCUUUCCACCAUCCAGAAGCCCAGAGGCCACUUAAAGCUGCACUGUUCUGCUAAUCCACCAUGGUCCCAUAUUUCUUGGCUCUUUAAUGGUAAACAAGUGGACACAUUGGAGACGCAGGAUGUGGAGAUUAAAUCGGGGUACCUGACCAUCACUUCUCUCGCCAUGUCUCAUGCUGGGAAGUAUCAGUGCGUUGCCAGUACCAGCGAAGGUGCCACACUUAGCACUCCCGCAUCGGUGUCCAUAGCCUAUCUGGGGGAGUUUGAAACAUCAGCCCAAUCUAGUGUUAAAGCAGAUGAAGGAAGCAGUGCGCUGAUUGGGUGUAAACUACCAGCCAGCAACCCCAAGCCACACAUACGAUACAAGGUCCGAGGGAAAUGGAUAGAGAAAUCCACAGACAAGUUCCUGAUUCUUCCUUCUGGAAACCUGCAAAUCCUCAAUGUGUCCAGUGAAGACCGAGGGUCUUAUAAAUGUGCUGCGUAUAAUCCAGUUACUGAGGAGCAGAAAGUGAACCCCACAACAUACAAGCUGACAUUAAACCGUUCUCUGCAGCGCAGUUCCAAUAUUCUAAACCCCAUUCCAACUGAGACCUUGUCUGUACAGAUCCAUGAGCCACUGACCCUGGAAUGUGUAUUUGGAGGAGUUUUGUAUCCUCAUAUUACAUGGACCAAGGAUGGCCAUGACAUUACGGAGCUCGACCGAAGAAGAGUGUUUCACACACACCUUGUGAUAGAGCGAGUAGAGCGAUCUGAUGCCGGAAACUAUUCCUGCUUUUUCAACAACUCCCAUCAUCUCCAUUAUGUUAACUACACUGUUAUUGUUCUAGAAACUCCUGCUAUUACCCGGGGCCCUGAGGAUCACGUGGCACUGAUUGGCAGCACCAUGAGGUUUACCUGCGAGGCACGUGCAAAUCCAGUUCCCAAUAUUACCUGGGUGCACAAUGGAACCCCGAUUCAUCCAACUUCACGUUACCACCUUUUGGGGAACAAAUUGAGGGUCAGCAACAUUAACGCCGAAGAUUCUGGUAUUUUUCAGUGUGUGAUGGACAAUGGAGUGGGUGUCGCUUUGGCUGCAGCGAGGCUGGAUGUCCAAUCGGACAAUGAUUCCAGACCAAUUAUUGUGUCACCCCCCACAAAUGUUAGUGUCAUUUCUGGAGACUUGGUUACAUUGACCUGCAAUGCUUCAGGAGUCCCAACGCCAUUUAUUCGCUGGUACGACGCUCAUGGAAUAAUCCGAAGUCAUCCUUCUCAAGUCCUGCGCCCAAAAUCUCGAAAAGCAGCCCAUUCCAGAGCUGCCGACACAACAUCCAAGCAGGACCUGGUGCCACUUCUCAUUUCUCAGGCUGGUUCCAGCUCCUUGUCUAUCCGAUUCGCAACAGUACAGCAUGCUGGGAAAUACAAGUGUGAAGCAUCCAAUCAGUUUGGCUCCAGCAGUGCUGAAGCUUUUCUGAGCGUUGUUCCAUAUGAGACAAACACCCAACCUAGAGACCACGAGCAUGUUCAGAGUGAUGAGGAGGAUGAUGAGUCUGCCAUUCGGACAUCUACUGCCUCUUCUAUAUCCGCAACCACAGACAAGCCACCAAACGGAGCAGCCUUACCUGAAGCCCCUAUCAUCCUCAGCCCUCCACAGGCCACCAAACCAGACAUGUAUUUCUUGGUGUGGAGAUCUGGAAAGGAUGGCGGUUUGCCUAUUAAUGCAUAUUUUGUUCGCUAUCGCAAGUUGGAUGAUGAAGGAAAUAUGGUUGGAAACUGGAACUCCAUCCGUGUACCAGCGAGUGAGAGCGAGUUUCCACUGACAGAGCUUGAGCCAUCUAGUCUCUAUGAAGUCCUUAUGGUGGCAAGAAACGCGGCUGGUGAGGGCCAGCCAGCCAUGCUUACAUUCCGUACAAGCAAAGAGAGAAAUUCUUCUUCCAAGAACACGCAAGCUCCGUCUCCAAGACAAACCUCUCCACAUGAAGGCUCCAAUGCCAACUUUGGUGUGGUGACUCUGGGCACGUUCCGGCACAGUGGGGUUCCAGAAGCGCCAGAUCGACCCACUAUUUCUACUGCUUCAGAAACAUCUGUAUAUGUCACUUGGAUACCCAGAGCAAAUGGCGGUUCCCCCAUAACCUCAUUUAAAGUGGAGUACAAGCGGGCAGGAAAGAACUGGCUUACAGCAGCUGAGAAUAUCCCCCCAUCAAAGCUCUCGGUUGAGGUCUCUGAGCUGGAACCAGGAUCUGUGUACAAAUUCCGAGUCAUUGCUAUAAACCACUACGGGGAGAGUCAGCGAAGCACUGUGUCACGGCCUUACCAAGUCGCCGGACAUAGCAACCGUGUUUCAAAUCCAUUGAUUGUUGGUCCUCGUAUCGACCACACAGAGGCUGUGACUGAUACACAGAUAAUGCUAAAAUGGACAUACAUUCCUGCCAACAACAACAACACACCCAUCCAGGGUUUUUAUAUUUAUUAUCGCCCUACUGACAGCGACAAUGACAGCGAUUACAAGAGGGACAUUGUAGCAGCAGGCACAAAGCAGCGCCAUUUAAUACGAGAUUUACUUCCUGAGACAUCUUAUGACAUUAAGAUGCAAUGUUACAAUGAGCGAGGGGCAAGUGAUUUCAGUAACGUCAUGAUCUGUGAAACAAAAGCCAGGAGGAAUCCCGGAGCUUCAGAAUAUACAGUUUUAGAUUUCAGCACGCCAUCAACAGUGGAACAUGCUGCGGGCAGCAGCUCCAGUUCAUCUAACUCCCUGGCACGAAGCGGUGACAUGCUCUAUGUGAUAGUGGGCUGUGUACUCGGUGGAAUGGUGCUCAUCCUUAUGGCCUUCAUUGCAAUGUGCCUUCUGAAGCAUCGGCAACAAAGUCUUAUGCAGAAGUUUGAGCCCCCUGGAUAUUUGUACCAAGGAGCAGAUCUGAAUGGACAAAUUAUAGAGUAUACUGCCUUAGCAGGAACAAAUCAUGUUAACGGCAAUGCUCACAGUGGUUUCAUGGGAAAUGGAAACAUCAGCAAUAUAUGUCACCAUAUCCAUCCCUAUGUCAAUGGCGGUACCAGCGGCGUAAUGGAUGGGGACAUUUGUCCUGGCUGCACCAGCUCUCUGAAGGCAAAGUACAUUGAGAACCUGUCACAACAUCUUUCCAAUGGUGGUGUCCUGUACACAGCAAUCCCCCAAACAGAUCCAAAUGACUGCAUUAACUGUCGAAACUGCUGCAAUAACAACAGAUGUUUCACCAAAUCCAAUGCACCCUACAAUUGCGUCAACGCAUUGCCCAUCGUACCUACAUUCCUAGAGGACAGCUUGGAAGCUCCAGCCCAUAGCUUUGAUGUGACUGCUUCAUGUCCGUCCUCCUGUGAGGCAGAAGAUGUUGGAGAAAUCACCGAAAAACAAUCUCUAAAUUCUCAAUGUCCCUCACCCCAAGAGGAAAAUGAAAAUACCUUAUGCCACACAGGUGAAGAUUGUCACAACACCGUUGUCAGUUCUUCAUCUUUGACAUGGACUCCGCUCAGCCUGACUGCUUUCUCGAAAGAUUGCAGUGAGAAGCCAGACUGGACUACAACCGAUAUCACGCUUUCUGGCUGCACGGCUGAUCAAGCACCGUUGUAGCAAUCCUGGGAUAAAAGAGUCCAAUUUAUCUGCAAUUCAAAACGGUCAUAUGUAGAGACUGGCACGGAGAGAAAUUCAUUUUCAGCUUGGUGGGCAUUGUCUACAGUUAAAUAUUCUUUGCUACUGAUGAUUACUGAAACAUCAAUGUGUCAGUGACGAUUUUUAUCAAUAUUCACUAAAGAAUUAGAGUGUCAGAAAAAAUCCUGGAUUUUGGGGAUGUUAGCCAGAUUUUUCUUAGCGAUGUCUCAUUGCUUGGUGAUAGAGUGUUAGCAGAUCGCUACAUGGACGGUAGGAUUAGUGGCCUGCUACGACUUGCUCUCUGGUCUUAAAAAAGAUCCUGCAUUAGAACCUUGGAAAGGUUUAGCACUCAAACUCUGGCAUAGAUUUGGCAUUUAAUGAGCUGCAUUUCAUUCAAUAAUAUCACUAUUUAUUUUUAUAGUAGUCCUAGGUAUAUGAAUAUAUUGUUAUAAAAUAUUUUCUUUUUUUAUUAUUUAUACCUUAAACCAGGUAGCAGAAAAAAAAUCAUUGUCCGUUUUAAAACGUGCCCACAAUGUCUCCCUUCCCACUAUGAAUACCCUUACACAUUUUCCUUACAGCAAUGGGAUGAAGAUAUUACCCCACUAUGCUAUUUAAUUUAUUUUAUUAAAGAUAGGCAGGAGAUACGAAUAAUGUCAAUUGGAGAGUCCCUUUUAAUUUAAUUUGAAACCAACAAUAUUUAUAUCUGAUUUUACCUAACUCAAUAUUAAAUUGUCAUUCUCCUCUAAAUUACUCAUGUAAUGGACCCAAGUGGUGCAAAAUGAGUUUUUAUUAGUCACAAAAGCAGUUUCUGUCUUAGUAUCUGUUGCAUUUGACUCUAACUGAUCAAAUUGUAAAGAGUUUAUGUAGCAGUAUAGGAAAGCAUGAUUCAAAUCAGGGUGAAAUAUACAUAAUCCUGAUUUAACCAAUGAGAAUGUUGCUUUCAAAGAUCCUGUUGUAAGAUGUUGAAAUCUUGCAACUUUCUCCAUAUAUUCAUAUUUUAUGAUGAUUUCUAACAUAACACAUUUAUUUAAUUAAAAGCCAACCUAAAGGAUAUUAGUUAGUUCGGUUUAGAUGAAAAUACAACCAAAUGUGAAAACGCCUUUAACAUUUCGAGAUUCUGAGUCUCUAAUAUUAUGUUUUGCAAAGGAAAGCAUUGAUUCACCAGGAUUUUAUAGGAAAGGUAAGGAAUGAGUUACAUUUGCUUAGUGGUCAGCGAAAAACAAUCAACGGUCCAAUAAAAAUAGUCCUCUGACCCACUACACCUAGAGCCUCUAAUACUGUUGCAGAAGAGGCAAUUACGGACUCUGCAAGUAGUUUUUUUAGUGUAAUUAAUCGUAUUGAUACUGUUUUAAGUGUCCUAUUUUAUUAUUUAUAAAGAAAUUCUAUUAGCCUGGCAGUUUGAUGUUCAUAUAUUGAUGUAAAUGAGACUGCUAGGAACAUGAUUCUGCUGCAGCCAGUAAUGGGUUUAGGAGUGAUGUACAGUAAUGAAAAAUCCCUGGUCACCCUUAUGAUAAAUGAGUUGAAAGGGAUUAAAGAGACAGCUAACUCAUGGAGGUCUUAGUGUUGACAUAACGUAACAGUGUGUAGGACUCAGCAGAGUGACACGAAGCAUUCGUUGAAAUUGUCUUGUUAUUACAUUGUAAAGUACAUACUGUAUUUUGUUUUUUGGGGGGGACCAGAUCUAAAAACACAUAAGACGCCAUGUAUGCCAAUCAUUUUGGACCCACAUCAUUAAUCGAUGGCUUUACAUUUAGAUGCCGGCGAUGUAUUCUGUGUACACAUUUCUAGUCCUUCGUAACAAUCUAUAUGUGCAUCUCACUGAAACAGAUUCUUACUGUUUCUUAGACUAGAUGACUCAUUGAUUGAUACAUGUAUUGUCUUCUGUUCUCUCCAACUGGGAUGUACAAAUUUAGCACUUUUUUUUAUUACGUCUCUCUUUUUUUGUCAUUUAAAUUCUGUUCACAUUUGACUUUUUUUCCUCAGACAACAAAUUCUCACCAUCUGUUUCCUUAACCUAUUGAGCAGUACUGCUUCCCGUGAGUCUUGUUAAUCAAUAUAUAGAAUCCGAGGUUCAGUCAAAACCACUUGGCCAAUCUUUCUGCCUUUUCCAUAUUCUUGUCUUGUGUCAAGGAUUGCCCAGUAGCUGCCAUGUGUGUCUCUAUACUGAGCAGGGAGUGGACUUGUAGAAGAUAUUGAUUUUGGCAACCCCAUCUCUUUUUAACAUGAAGACUUAUUGUUUUAGGUAGUCAUGGAACUUCAAACUGGCAAUUUUUGAUCACAUGAUCUUAUGAAUAUCCUUCACUCUUAAUUUUACCUUCCUCUCAUCUGCCAGAAAAUAUGGGUAUAUUUGCUCAUUAUAAAUGUUUCGUGUUACAGAGUAAAUUCUUAUCUGAUGCAAUUUUCAUUUCUUGUCAUAGAAAUAUAUACUUUAUUUUCCUAUGAAAAUAAAAAAAAGUUGUAAUUUUUUUUGUUUUUAUUCUGAUUGUACAUAAUGUUAAAUGAUGUAGUAUUUG